AUGUUGUUAAACGAAGAGUCUAGUAAACGGCGUAGGGUGGCCAGGGCUUGUGAUUCCUGUAGAAGAAAGAAAGUUCGAUGUGAUGGUGUUCAGGCCGGUUCUGAUCCACCAUCCUGUACUAAUUGUAGGACUUAUGGUUAUGAAUGCUCUUUUAUUGAUGCUCCAAAAAAGCGUGGUCCUCCCAAGGGUUAUAUAGAAGCAUUAGAAACAAGACUUCAAAGAAUGGAAUCUGUCCUUGGAAAUUUGGUUCAAUCCGGUGACUUGCCCGAAAAUGCAAUUAGUUCAAGUCUUGAAUGGAUCAACGUCAAUGAAAGCAACUUUCGAUCGUUUCAAAGUUCGGCUACUAAGAGUCUUUCCUCAAAAAAACCUUAUGAUUUUUCGAUUCCUCGUGCCGCACUACCUUCAAAUUCAAAAUCAUCUACAAAUCUUGUGAAACAUAAUAAAUCUCUUCGUGAUCAAGACAGCGAUACUGAAAAUACCUCAUCAAGUGAUAACGAUCCCGUUUGUGAUUUAAGUGAUUGUUUCGGUCAACUUACAAUUGACGAUGAAGGCCAUACAAGAUAUAUCGGAUAUAGUUCUGGAUAUUUCUCUUAUAUAAAAAUUUUUAGAAUAACUUCUGAUGCUGAAUUUCUACAUGUUCCUAAUUUUAAUAUCCGAUUACCUUCUGUAAAAACCGUUGCUCAAAGGGCGAUAUCGGAACUUCCUCCAAAAGAAUUAUGCGAACAAUUAUUAGAUGUUUUCUGGAAAUAUGUUCAUCCUUACCUUGUUUUCAUUGAUAAGCAUGAUUUUUUGGAAAAAUAUAAUGAUUUGGAAAACAAUUAUACCACGAUCAUCCUUCUUUACGCUAUGUUCGCGAACGCUUCGUUUACACUUGACAUUCCAGAUGUUUAUAAAAAUCCUGAUGAUCCAUAUUCCAUUGGCAGGGAAUAUUUCGAUCGUGCAAGAGAAUUACUUAAAAAUGUGUUCGAUAAUGUAUCAAUAACAAUCGUUCAGGCACUUAUAUUAUUAUCUACGUAUCAUAGAAGUGCGGAUGAUUCAGUUACUUGGUUAUACAGUGGAAUGGCCAUUCGUACAGCCCAAGAGAUGGGACUACAUCGUAAUCCGGUAAAAUGGGGUUUUAGUGCAAGACAAAUAGAAAUUAGAAAACGUGUAUGGUGGGCUUGUGUUAUAAGUGACAUAGCUACGAGUGCUUCUUUAGGACGUCCACUUGCUAUUUGUGAGAUUGAUUGCGACGUUGACUACCCUACUCCCGGUAUAAUACCCGAUGAGCCACGACAUUUUGUUGAAAAAUGGAUCGAAUUGAUAAAGAUAAUGCUGAUACUUGGACGUGUGAUCACACAUAUUUACAGUACAAAGUCUAGACAAAUUUUGAAUUCCAAUAAUAAUAAUAUAUUAGUUUCAUUGGAUGCUGAAUUAACUGAAUGGCGUGAAAAUCUUCCACCUGAACUUCAAUAUGAUUCAACUGCUCCAUAUAAUAUAAUUGACAGUCGACAAUUGCAUAUUCAUGUUCUAUAUUACGCAUGUCAAAUUCUUUUGCAUCGUCCCUAUAUUCAUGGCCCAAAAUCAAAAGCAUCUUCAUCUAUUCCAUCUCUCACCAUUUGUACCAUGGCCGCAAAUAACAUUACACAUAUUAUACAUCGUUUGAUGAAAAUAGGCCUACUCAAAGCUUCAUUACCUCUUUUAACUCCCUCUUUUCUUGCUGCUUCUAUUAUACACAUUAUAAAUGUUGUUAGUGAUGAUGAUCGAUUCAGAGAAGUUGCAAAGCAUGGUAUUAGAAUGACUUUGAAUUGUCUUAAUUAUGCGAAGGCUUUUUGGUCUAAAGCUGAAAAUUGCGAACGCGUAUUGAAGGGUUUAUUAAGUGCUAAAAAUAUUACUAUCGAUGGUGUUGACGGUAUUUUUGAUAAUAUUAGAGCUCCUCCUAACAACCCAUAUUUUAAGUAUAAACCUAAAGUUCCCGCUGAGUCCGAUAAGUCACAUAACACCUUUUCUCCAUCUCAGGUCCCAUCACAAACGGAAUCAAUGCAUAUCAUUAAUCAACCUACUUCGACUGUCGCUAAUACUCAUGGUAUCAGAGAUUGUAAUAAUACACAGUCGGUUAAUUCUCUUUUAACGGGUUAUGAACGAAUUUCUUCUCCAGAAUCUCCUUCUAACUCAAGAUUUACGCGAUUUAAUGAAUUUCCCAUGAACAUAAAUAAUGGAUUGUUUUCUCAGAAUACUGAUUCUUUCACUUCGGAUGUUUCUCCACUUUUGUUUGGAGAUCAUGAUGAUUCGAUUAAUGAAAAUGAUUCUUUUUUACCAUUUCCUUCUUCAAAUGAUUUGAAUGAGUGGACUAACUGGACGAAAUACAUGAUAAGAUUACAAACUUUAAAAACAUCUAAUACAAAUAAUAAUAAUUUAAUUCCAAGUCAAGAUGAUAUUUUGACAUCCUCAGAUAGUAAUAUUAGUUCAUCUGUAAAAAGUAUGUUUGCUUCGAUGACUAGUUCUCGUGAUCGUAUGGAUUAUAAUAAGCGAUAA